AGGCUGAAUUGAUGCAUCUAAACAUAGCCGAAAAGUGUUUUGUUUGUAGGCAUGUGGGGUGCGGAGCCGCUGCAAAAGUUAUUCGAGGGGAAAUUACUUCUUAAGGAGUUGGACCAGCUUCCCAACAUUGGGGAGAUAUUUGCGGUGUACGAUUGCAACGACGGGGUCAUUCCACGUGUCACAAUCAAUGAUUAUGCGGAUGAAGGUGGCUAUGAUGCCUAUUUGAUUGAUUUCGGCGAGCAUAUACACAUGACUGGCGACGAGAAUAUAUUUGCCCUACCAGAUGAAAUACGGCUGCUGCCGGCGGAGGCCAUCAGAUGCUUCUUCAGAGAAGGCGAUGUGUCCCAUAUGUCCGAGUUCCGAUUCACAAGAGUGGCAUUGCGUGUUUUGGAAAAAUGUGGUGACGAUUUAAUAGUUGAACUGGCCGAUGACAAGGCAAACCACAGUCGUCGCAGGAAGAGUCCUGUCAAACCAGCUGCAGCCGAUUCUAUUCAAGAUCAGUCCGUGCCAACCAAGACAAAUGGGCCACAGUUAGGAGUGGCAGUCGAUUCUAAUGGAGUAGAGUCCGAUUCCGCGGCUCCAACCACCGCCAAGCGACAGGACCCACAACUUAGCAAGGAAAUCUGUUCUAUUAAAGAUCAGUCCACUUCCUCUUGCCCACCAGCAGAGCUCUUGGCAGUUGAUUCCUACCCAGAUCAGUCAAAAGCAGUCCCCCAAAGCCCGCAGUUAGGCAAGGCAGUUACGGACAUGCCAUACGGGGGCCCACAGUUAGGUGAGUCAGACAUGGCCAUGCUAAACACGAUUGAUGAAGGCACCAGUGACCCCUUAAAGGCUGUCCUGGGUUUCAGGCCCAAAGACGAGCAAGGAAUCUGUGGGCAUUACGAUCCUAAGCUCAAUGGCUUCAAGGGUAGACUGUGUCGCUUGUUGCAUGAGUUCUUUGCACCUAAGGGCGUCACCAAGGACUUUGAGGUGUUAGACGCUCUGCCGGAAACCGAGUUUGAUGCGCCAUUUCCAAGAAAAUUAGGAAGCAUUGUGGAAAUGCAGUUCCACGGUAGUCUAUGCCCAAAUUUUAGAUGGCUCUUCUCCUCUGGUAUGGAUCAAGAAUGAUGUCCUAGGGGCCAAGAGUCAGUUCAAGCAGAAACCGCAUAUGUUGGACAUACUCAACGUGGAGGAAGACGUGGUGCUGGCUUUGAGAUUCGAUUCCUUGGCGACAAUGCCGAUCUGGCCGAGCAACUGAUAAAGCGCGGCUAUGCACAGCCCGAUGACGACGGUCAUAAACCAUAUGAUUCUGAUCUUGAUCUGUAAACGUAUUUCCUUUUCUUGGUAUACGAAGUAUAACAUAGUCAUUCAUAUAGCGUUCCAAUAGUUCUUAAUUACUUUUUUUAACACUCACAACACAAUCGAACACAACGGAGACGGUGCUGGAGUAGUUCGGUUUUUAAGCAAACAAUGACUAUUGCUGUAGAUUGAGAAACACGGAUAUGCUUCCUGGCGGAGCCACCUAGCUUUGUCCUUUUUAGAUAACUUUGAAUUACGUAUCCUUCUUUAGCUUUUUUUUUAGUGCCAUAUCCACACCGAAUAAACAAAACAUAUGUAU